AUGAUACAUAUCUCUGAGCAAAAACAAUCGUUUCUGGUGACUUUCUUUCCUUAUUUCUGUCCCUCUAAAUUCGCGACUAGCAAUCUAUCUAUCUAUCUAUCUAUCUAUCUAUCUAUCUAUCUAUCUAUCACAUUCUUUUCGCUAUCUAUCUAUCUAUCUAUCUAUCUAUCUAUCUAUCUAUCAGAUUCUUUUCAUCUAUCUAUCUAUCUAUCUAUCUAUCUAUCUAUCUAUCUGUUCUUAUUUAUCUCUGAUCAUAUCUAUCUAUCUAUCUAUCUAUCUAUCUAUCUAUUAUUUAUCUAUCCUUAUUUAUCUAUCUAUCUAUCUAUCUAUCUAUCUAUCUAUCUAUCUUAUUCUUUUUCUGUAAUUCUGUUCCUAUCUAUCUAUCUAUCUAUCUAUCUAUCUAUCUAUCUCAGUCUCUUCAUUAUCCAUCUCGUUCUUCUCAAUAUCAAUAUCAAUGUGUGCAUUAUGAAUCUCAAUAUGUUCAUUAUCUAUCUAUCUAUCUAUCUCAUUCUUUUCAAUAUCUAUCUAUCUAUCCAUCUAUCUCAGCCUCUUCAUAUUCUAUGUUUCAUGUUCGAAAUUUUCUAUCUAUCUAUCUAUCUAUCUAUCUAUCUUAUCUAUCUAUCUAUCUAUCUCGAUCUCUUCAAUAGCCAUCUUUAUCUAUCUUCUCAAUAUCUAUCUCAAUGUGUUCUAUCUAUCUCAAUCUAUCUAUCUAUCUAUCUAUCUCAUUCUAUCCAAUGCCUGUCUGCCUAUCUAUCUAUCUAUAUAUCUAUCUAUCCCAGUCUGUUCAUUAUCUAUCUAUCUAUCUAUCUAUCUAUCUCAGUCUCUUCAAUAGCCAUCUUUCUCAUUCUUCUCAAUAUCUAUCUAUCCCAAUGUGUUCAUUAUCUCUCUAUCCCAAUGUGUUCAUUAUUUCUCUAUCUCAAUGAGUUCAUUAUCUAUCUAUCUAUCUAUCUAUCUAUCUAUCUAUCUAUCUAUCUCAAUGUGAUCAAUAUCUCACUCAAUGUGCUCAUUAUCUAUCUGUGUAUCUAUUCAUCUCAAUGUUUUCACUAUCUAUCUAUCUAUCUAUCUCAAUGUGUUCAUUAUCCAUCUAUCUAUCUCAAUGUGUUCAAUAUCUCACUCGAUGUAUUCAUUAUCUAUCUAUCUAUCUAUCUAUCUCACUCUCUUCAUUAUCCAUCUCGUUCUUCUCAAUAUCUAUCUCAAUGUGUUCAUUAUAUUUGUAUCUCAAUGUGUUAG